GGCGGGGGUGGGCAAGAGAACGCGUCGUCGGGUUUGGGAUCGCCGAAGAAGAACAGGGAUAGGAUCAAGUUGCUGUGCAGCUAUGGCGGGAAAAUCCUACCUAGACCUUCCGACGGCAUCCUAAAGUACGUUGGUGGCGAGACUCGUGUCCUUGCCUGGUCCCGCGACGCAACUUUUUCUGAAUUGAUGAACAAAUUGAGUGCAGUAGUUGAUGGGGACAUGGUGUUGAAGUACCAGUUAAUCCCUGAAGAUCUGGAUGCCUUGGUCUCUGUUCGAAGCGACGAAGAUGUAAAGCACAUGCUGGACGAAUAUGAUAGACAAGAAAACCAAGGCAUGAGUCCUAGGCUAAGGACCUUCUUGUUUCCAUCCAAGCCAAUCAUGAUAGAAAACAGCAGCCACUCAUUGGAGCUAGAGCAGCGUUACAUUGACGCCAUCAAUGGCAUAGUCCGUUCAUCGAAACAACAGCCACCCUCAAUCAUAGGCAGCCCUCACAUCGCCGGCACCAGCAGCAUUGGGAAUUGCAGCAGCCCCAUAGCCAGCUACAGCCCCCUUGCUAGCUUUUCCUCUGCUUGUUCUUCCCCCAAGUCAGGAUCGCCCGAACACCAUUUUAUGGUGGUACAAGAAGCUAACCAAAUAUUACAAGCCAGUAGAUUUUCGCUUCCUCCUGUUAUGCAUAAAGUGCAGAGCUCUCCCAGCCUUUCUGGUAAUCUUAAUCUUCAACAAUACCACAACCUAAACUUUGCUCACCGUCACCACCAGGGUGGUGGUGGUGGAUACCAUUACCAACAACCCCAAAGUGGCCACUACCAAAUCUCUAGAAGCCUAUCAAGAAACUCGCACCCCCACAACCACAGUAGAGGUGGUCGAGGCAGUCCCACCCCGCCCCAUAUGUCUCCCAGGGGAAGAUCCGAGUCAGGGAGCGUGAGGAGCUUGAUGGGUCAGUCUCGUCAUAAUUCGGGUUGCAGUAGCCCGAGACAACAAAACCAAGGACCAAAUGCAGGAGAAGGCAACGAUUAUUGUGAUGAUCCAUAUGGCUACAACAGGGUUGAUAGAGCUGAGAGUCUUCCAACAAGUCCUCGACAAUGUUAG